ACCACAAUCGCACUAAGAAAUAAAUCAUUUUGCGGAGAUAUGGCCAAGACAAUGGAUGCUUCUCUGGCCCAACUUGUCGUACUCGUUUCUGCUCUAUUUGGCUUCAUAUCGGCUGCACCAAACCAUUAUGGAACAACAUCAGUGGUAGGAUCAGUUUUUGUGAACAGGGAGGUAACACUGAAAGCGACACCGUUCUACCCUUGGGGAUGUCACGUAGAGUGGAAAUACAUUAUUGACGGACAAACACAAGUUCAAACAAUGGAUGCUGACUUUGCUACAAGAUAUUCGAAGGAUGAAUCAUUCUUUUUGAAAUGGAAGGCUCCAGUUGCAUACAACAAAUCUAUCUUCUACGCCAGAUGUUCAACAAACACGACGAUUAAAACAAACAUCGUAUCUUUAAAUAUGACAGAUAUUGUUGGACAAUGUGGAACUCUCGUGCUAUUUAACCCGGUUGUUCAAGGCGCGGAUGUCAAAUUAGGAUACUUUCCGUCCGACCUUUCUAUAUAUUACGAAACAUUCCUUACACGGACAUGGAAGAAGAACAGCAAAGAGAUACAGCUACGCGAAGUUUAUUACGUAGAGGAAAAAGUAUCUGCAUAUCUGUACUCAUUAACGGUACUCAACUUUGAUCGAAAAGAUGAGGGAUCAUAUAUUUUAGUAUGCAAUGCAAAUGCAACCACGGAAUCUGUGCAGCUUUAUAUUCCAGAGGGACCGAGUUACCCAAUUCUCGGUCCAAUUUCCCCUGACUUUAAUACAACAGAAUGCAUUUAUGUUUAUGAAUAUUCCGACUUGUAUUGCAAAACUGAUAAAGGAACAAAACCCGUACAGGUCGUACUUAAAUUGGACCAGACUUCAUUUGUUCUUGCUGAAAGCAAAGAGAGCAAAGGGUUAUACCAAUUCCAUGACGUUUAUCAACAAAUGGCUGGACUGUCGAGACAGAAUGUGACAUGCCUAGUUUCAAAUGCAGCCCUCGAUACACCCUACGACGUGCAUGGCAUUCUCUGUAACGUAGAAAAAGGUAGCCCGCCCGUGAUAACAGUUCCUGAAUACCUUGAUGGAGAAAGUUCGACAACAAUCUGUGAAGUGCACAAUGCUUUCCCAGCGCCGGCAAUAGAAAUACGCGUUGGCACAUUUUUGCUAGCUGAUGUUCAACAAACCGAUUCAUUUAAUAUAUCUUCUAAUACUUUUACAAGCCGUGCAAAGGCGACAAAGACUAAUAAGACGUGGAAUGGAAAACAAAUGUGUUGCACCAGCAAACAAGAUUUUGGUUUAACAAAAAUUCCAAUAUGCAAAAACAUCAGUAUGAAAUAUCCUCCGUCGGAUCUUUCCAUAUACGUCGACAAAAAACAUAUAUAUAGCAACAAUGUUUCUGUCUAUAUCUUAAACAUAUUUUGUGAAACGGAUGCAUCAAAUCCGCCUUGCACAAUUGAAUGGGAAAGUGACAACGAUAAUUUAAGAUACGUUCACAUCUACAACUGGACGAAUCGUGAAAAUGGGAGUUUCCGAUCUGUUGCCAACGUGCUCUACAAUGUCACUAAAGACAUGGCGGGUGUAACUAUUACAUGUUCAACAAUAUGCGAUCAUUUCCCAUCGCAUUUAAAUGCAAGCUAUGCAAUUUCAUUUUCUGGAAGUCAAACCUUUGGAAAUGACAAUCAAACAUUUUCUUCAACAUCCCGAUAUCCUAUCGACAAGGUACUUCUUGGGACAGGCGUUUCCUGUGGAUUCUGCAUCUUGUUUAUUAUCGGAAUCGGAAGAUAUGUUUUGCUGAAACGGCGAAAGGUCAACGCAAUCAACACAAUAGAGAUUGUUGAAAAUCACAGCGACACUUCCUCGGACAAUGGCGUGCUACACAUAGCAACGGAAGGAGUUCAGUACGCAGUCGUCCAUAGGCAGGCAGCCACACGGAGGACUGAAACGCAGCAACCACAUGAUGACGACAGCCUAACGUACGCCGAGUUGAACAUUAAGUUCCUACAGGAAGCUAACGCCAGAGUUCUUACAAAGACAAAGAACACGCCGACAGAGUAUGCUGACAUUGCGUUUGCCUCAACACAGAAAUCUGCUUAAGUAGAUCAUGGGCACUAGGUCGUCAAAGACAGACAAUCUAAAAGAAAUACACUGCCUUGUUUUGUUUCUAUACUGUUUUAUAAUACGUCUAUGUUUGAUCGUUUCAUCUUGAACAGAAAUGACUAUUGUUGAAACAAAGUCCAAUUAACAACAAAGUUAAAUUAUUUGUAUUAAUUCAAAUACUUGAUUAAACAAUUGAUUUAUUCGGCAAAACAGGGUGAGCCUCGAUUGAUGUGCUUUUUCUGACUGUCUUCAAUAAAAGGUAGCUUUUAAUAUUAUACAUAUUAAGACUUUAUAAUUACUGCAAUACAGUUUGGUUACUGUCUUUAUUUAUUUCAAAAUGACAUUAAUAAAAACAGGUAUACAGUUUGUAUGUAAGGCAAACAAAGCGUUAGUUUGCAAACAUUUUUUGUAAUCCACUUCAUAUAAUACUAAUAAAUUUAUAAAAACAGGGAAAUAUUAAGUAUUUGUUUUAUACAUAUUUCGUUAAUGUUUACGAGCCUAAUGCAUUCCACUAUAUUAAAGAGCACAUUUUUUUUCAAAUUGGAACCAUCUCCUAUUAAAUGUACUUCAAAAUUCUUCAUUGUAACUAUUGUUUUCUCUACAAUGCCUAUUUGUUUAGGACAGGUAUGUGACUAUGAUAUCAGCCACGUUUUUGUCCCUCACAUAUUUUAUUUAAAAUUGAAUAUUUUGCUAACAGUAAUGAAAUAUGUAUUUAAUAGCCAUUGGUUUGGCAAAGACUCGCAAUAAAAUUUAGAUUGUUUAGAUCUCAAUCAUACUCCGUUAAUUUAAAAUUGAAUUCACUUCAAUACGAGAGCAUCAGAUGUCCUUCCAAAACAUGUGGAUGUUCGUGUUAAUAUGCAAAAGCCAUAUAACCUGGAGACAACAAUAUUGUAUGUUUAUAGAUUGUCAUUGAUUGUAAUAUUCAUUAUAUAAUUGUGUUUUUGAAUUCGCGAAAUUUUGUGACAAUGUAUUCAUUGGAUUAAGUUUAGUUAAAAUUUAGUUUUCCAUUUUUCUUUCCCAUUCCUACUUUUUUGUUUAAGGUAUUUUAAGUAAUUGUAAUUCAUUUUGUAUGUUCCGUGAUUUUCUCCAAAGAGUAAGUACGUUGUGAUAUGUUAUGACGUUUUACACCAUAUUUCCAGUCAUCAGGAAUACUAAAGAUAUGUGCGUGAAAUUUAAGAACAUCACUUGCAUGUUCGUUAAUUUUACACCCUUGUCAUACCACUUUUUAUAUUAAGAUGCUGAGUGAGUGGUUAUUAAUAGUUAUUUAUAUUUUGCUGUUGUUCCAUAUGAUUUAUUUUGAUAUUAUCACAGCAUCGUUUCUAUAAAUGUAUAGUACCCAUGAUUAUAUUACAUUAAUUGAUUAAAUAAAAAAAACAAACUUUGGUUUGACAAGGCCUCGUGGUGCCCUUAAGUGUUUUGCUUUCGUCCCUCGGUUAGUAAAAAGGACACAAUGUACAGAAUAUUAUACACAUGCAUAUGCAACUUAGUGGAAGAAUAUAUUGUUAAAUAUAUUUUGGCAUGAUAUUUGUUUUAGAUAUUUAAAAAAUGCUUGUAAUUUUGUCUCGAUAUGUUAAGUUAAAAGCCAAAACAUAUUAAUGUAUUAAUUGAAAACAAUAUAUAAUUAUAAUUUAUAGUAUAAUGAAUAUCGUUUGAGAUUGAUUUGUACAUUAGUAUCAUUGUACCUAUGCAUAAGUGUUA